UCGGAUCUACCAUGCAAAUCCAACAUCCUCGACUACUCUCAUUAUCCAAACUAAACAUCCUUAACAAAAUCAAUGCGAUCCAAACUUUGCACCUUUCCACUCCAUUGCAUCAAUUUAUUCAAUCACAUGAUCCAUACAUUCCUCCAAUCAUCGAACAACGAAAAACUGGUCGUGAAUUGGCAAACUUAUUGCAAUCAUCAUGUCCAAAUAUACUCACUUCUUGUUACAAGAAAGUCCACGCCAAAAUUGUUGUGUUGGGUUUUCAUCAACAUGAUAUCUUCCUUAUUAACACCCUCUUGCAUAUGUAUUCAAAACUGAACUUAGUAAGUGAUGCACAGAAGCUGUUUGAUACUAUGCCUCAUAGAAACCUUGUUACUUGGUCUUCUAUGGUUUCUAUGUACACUCAACAUAAUUACAAUCUAGAAGCAUUGCUGUUGUUUGUUCAGUUCAUGAGGAAUUGUAAUGAGAAACCAAAUGAAUACAUUUUAGCUAGUGUUGUAAGAGCUUGCACGCAAUUGGGUGGUCUCAACCAAGCUUUUCAGGUGCAUGGUUUGAUUGUUAAGGGUGGAUAUGUUCAAGAUGUUUACGUGUGUACCUCUUUGAUUGAUUUUUACACCAAGCAUGGUUGUAUUGAAGCAGCAAGGUUGCUUUUUGAUGGCCUAGAAGUUAAAACCAGUUUCACAUGGACUACAAUCAUUGCAGGGUAUUCAAAACAAGGAAGAAGUGAAGUGUCUUUAAAGUUGUUUGACCAAAUGAGAGAGGGUGAUGUUUGUCUUGAUAAAUAUGUACUUUCAAGUGUUUUGAGUGCUUGUUCGGUGCUUGAGUUUCUUCAAGGGGGGAAGCAAAUACAUUGCUUUGUAUUAAGGAGAGGCAUUGUCAUGGAUGUUUCAAUGGUCAAUGGAUUUAUAGAUUUUUACUUUAAGUGUCACAAAGGGGAGUCGGGUAGGAAGUUGUUUGACCAGAUGCUAGAUAAAAAUGUAGUUUCGUGGACCACAAUGAUUGCUGGUUGCAUGCAGAAUUCGUUCCAUUGGGAAGCCCUUGACCUGUUUUUGGAAAUGGCUAGAAUGGGUUGGAAGCCUGAUGCAUUUGGUUGCACUAGCGUUCUCAAUUCAUGUGGUUCACUCCUGGCUCUGGAAAAGGGAAGACAAGUUCAUGCUUAUGCUAUCAAGGUCAAUAUUGAUAAUGAUGAUUUUGUGAAAAAUGGUUUGAUUGACAUGUAUGCCAAAUGUGAGUCCUUGACUGAUGCAAGAAUUUUUUUUAACCUUAUGGAUGCUAUUAAUGUAGUAUCUUACAAUGCAAUGAUAGAAGGAUACUCUAAACAAAACAAGCUGUGUGAAGCUUUGGAUCUUUUUCGAGAAAUGAGGCUAAGUUUAUUUCCACCAACUCUAUUAACGUUUGUUAGCCUUCUUGGGGUCUCUGCGUCAUUAUAUCACCUGGAGUUAAGCAGCCAAAUCCAUGGCUUGAUUAUUAAAUAUGGGGUUUCUUUAGAUGAAUUUUCCGGAAGUGCUCUAAUCGAUGUUUAUUCAAAAUGUUCACGCAUUGGCGAUGCAAGACUAGUUUUUGAAGAGAUACUAUACAAAGACAUUGUAGUAUGGAAUGCGAUGUUUUCUGGGUACACCCAACAGUUUGAAAAUGAAGAGUCUCUCAAACUUCUCAAAGAUAUGCAGAUGUCAAGACUAAAACCCAACGAGUUCACUUUUGCUUCUGUAAUCACGGCUGCGAGUAAUAUGGCAAGUCUGCAACACGGUCAGCAGUUCCACAACCAUGUCAUAAAGAUGGGUUAUGAGGAUGACCCCUUUGUCGCAAAUGCUCUAGUUGAUAUGUAUGCCAAAAGUGGAAGCAUCGAAGAAGCUCACAAAGCAUUUAUCUCAACAAAUUGGAAAGACAUUGCAUGUUGGAAUUCAAUGAUUGCAACUUAUGCCUCGCACGGAGAAGCAGCAAAAGCUCUUCAGGUGUUUGAAAGCAUGAUUAUGGAGGGAGUGAAACCUAAUUAUGUCACCUUUGUAGGUGUGCUAUCGGCAUGUAGCCAUGCUGGACUUCUUGACCUUGGAUUUGAUCACUUUGAUUCAAUGUCACUAUUUGGAAUUGAACCGGGGAUUGAGCAUUAUGCAUGCAUGGUUUCUCUCUUGGGCCGGGCUGGUAAAGUGUGUGAAGCUAAGGAAUUUAUCGAGAAGAUGCCAAUAAAACCAGCAGCAGUAGUAUGGAGGAGCCUGCUAAGUGCAUGCCGAGUUUCAGGUGAUGUUGAACUGGGAACAUAUGCAGCCGAGAUGGCAAUUUCAUGCAACCCAGCAGAUAGUGGAUCAUAUGUAUUGCUUUCAAAUAUAUUUGCAUCAAAAGGUAUGUGGGGAAAUGUCAGAAGAUUGAGGGCAAAAAUGGACAUAAGUGGGGUUGUAAAAGAACCAGGUUGUAGUUGGAUUGAAGUUACUAAUGAAAUCCACAAAUUUAUUGCAAAAGACACAUCACAUCGUGACUCCACUCUUAUAUCUUCAGUUUUAGACAAUUUGCUUCUACAGAUCAAAGGGUUUGGUUAUGUGGCAAACACUGACGCUCUUUUGCUUGAUGAUUGAGAUGAAUUCUCCUGUGGUAAUAUAACAAUUAACCAAGCUCUUAACUUGCCCAGUUUCAAUCUUUUUUUUUCUUUCAUCAGGUGAAGUGACAGUAGCACUGAAUGAGUGAUGUCUUGCAUGGAGUUUCACCAUAGGCCGGUACUUGACUUGUGAGCUGAAGAUCUAACUCUUCCAGAAUUGAAAAUAGCACUUAAAGAGUGAUGUCUUGGCAAGAUGUUUUAAACAAUAUGUAACUGGUCCUAUUAUAAUGCUCCAUGCACAAAGAUCUCCGAGAGGUUUGGUUAGACCCUUUACUAAAAGAGAAAGCUUCCACAUGAAUUUGGUUUUAUAUAUUGAAUCUCGAAGAUUUUUUUGUGUGUGGAACAAGAGAUAUUUGGAAGGGGAAGAAGGGGAUUGAUCCACAAGAAGAGCACCGUCUUGGAGACACCAAUAAGCCUUGUUUGUUAUCUUUCUUUCUCAGGUUGUUUCACAAAGCAAUACAUCCUGAGAUAACUAUUUCUUGCUUGCUUGAUUUGGAGAAGAGGAUGGCCAUGCAUGCAAUGCAGUUAGGAAAGGCUCUUAUAGAUUAUUUUCUUGUACCUUAUUUAUCUAUUGGGUUGGCGAUGAAGAUAUACAGUGUGAAGAACCACAUUGUUCCAAUUGAUCAAACAUGUACCAUCUUGGUGAAGCUUUUUAAAUCAUGUUCAUAUGUUUGAAUAGUUGUAAUAUUGUAAAGGAUAACAUUUGUCAUUCUUUCUUAGUUGUUGUGAUACUUCCAUUGAAUGUGUUGUAUAAUCAACCAGUUUUUGUCAUCUAUGAUAUUAUAUUGGAUUCACUAA